CAAAAUUAUUAUUGAGAUAAAUGUAAAAAUUUUAAGAAAAUAAAAAAGAAAAUUGCCAGUCUCUCUCUCUCUCUCUCCAACACUCGCACACAACACGCUGGGGUCAUUUUCUUUUUCGCCUCUCUCCCAUCUCCAUCACUUGAAUCUUUUUCGCUUUUGUCUUUCCUUGUCCUGUAAUUAGGAGUAUUAAAUAUUUUUUAUUUACACUCUUUUUCUUUUUCUUUUUGUUACUGGUACUAUCAUUUAAUCUAUAUAAAUAUAUUUUGAUCCGUCUUUCUCUCCCUCUUUUCUUUCUCUUUCUCUUUCUUGAGAGCAAAAUCUAAAUGGUGUCAGCUUCUGGUUAAGGAAUGUGAGAAUGGUUUUUGGGUGUUGGUUACUGGACCCGAACUAAACUAACAAUCAAACCACUAUUAACUAUUUAAGAGAAGAAGAAGAAGAAGAAGAAGAAGAAGAAGAAGAAGAAGAUUACUCACUCACUCACUGGCUCACUGCUGUAUAUAUAUAUUUAUAUAUAUAAUAAUAAUAAUAAUAGUAAUAAUAAUAAUAAUAUAUGGGUUCCGAGCAGAACAGAUUCCCUCAGCAGGAACGGCGAAAGAGAUGGGGAGGCUGUUUGGGUGCAUUAUCUUGUUUUGGGACACAGAAAGGAGGAAAGCGAAUUGUUCCUGCAUCUAGGAUUCCUGAGGGAAAUGUAGGAGCGGUCCAGACGAACGGUCCUCAAGCAGUUGGGUUGACCAAUCAAGCUACUGGAAUAGCUCCAUCUCUUCUUGCUCCACCUUCGUCACCUGCAUCCUUUACAAAUUCUGCACUCCCUUCAACAGCUCAGUCACCUAGCUGUUUCUUGUCACUAUCUGCAAACUCACCUGGAGGUCCUUCGUCCACUAUGUUUGCCACUGGGCCAUAUGCCAAUGAAUUACAACAACUCGUUUCUCCUCCUGUUUUUUCAACCUUUACAACUGAGCCAUCAACUGCUCCCCUCACUCCCCCACCAGAGUUGGCUCACCUUACUACUCCCUCGUCCCCAGAUGUGCCUUUUGCUCAGUUCCUCUCAUCUUCAGUGGAUCUCAAAAGUACCGACAAGACCAAUUACAUUGCUGCAAAUGAUCUUCAUGCUACAUAUUCACUUUAUCCUGGAAGUCCAGCUAGUAGUCUCAGAUCACCAAUUUCAAGGACCUCAGCUGACUGCUUAUCAUCAUCUUUUCCCGAUCGCGAAUUUACCUCACAAUGGGAUCCAUCAAUAUCUCAUCAAAAUGGCAAGUAUCCAAGGAGUGGUUCUGGCAGGCUAUUUGGGCUUGAUGCAACCGGUGCCUCCAUGGCAUCUCAAGAUUCUAAUUUCUUCUGCCCUGCUACUUUUGCUCAAUUCUAUCUGGAUCAUAAUCCACCAUUUCCUCAUACUGGCGGGAGGUUAAGUGUGUCCAAGGAUUCGGAUGUUUACUCUUCUGGUGGAAAUGGAUAUCAGAACAGGCAGAAUAAGAGUCCCAAGCAAGAUGUGGAAGAAAUAGAAGCUUACAGAGCAUCCUUUGGUUUCAGUGCAGAUGAACUAAUCACAACCACUCAAUAUGUAGAGAUUUCUGAUGUAAUGGAGGACUCAUUUACCAUGACUCCUUUUACCUCUAAUAAACCGCCCGUGGAGGAGAAUACAGAACCUGCAUCACUGAUUGAAGGACUUAAAGCUCAGAAAAUGCAGACAAACACGUUGUGUCAAAAAAGCCUUAAAUCAGGAUCAGAUAUUAUUGAUGGGGGUGUAUGCUGCGGUGUGCCAACAUUAUGCAAUGGUCAUGAAGAUAAUAAAUCGUGGAGACAACCUGGCAAUGUCUCUGGAUCCAGUACGCCUGUUAGUGACAUUCUGACUGAUGAAGAGGACGUAUUUUCGAAGAUGGAGUUAUCCAAAAGCAGCAGGAAAUACCAGCUAGGUUUGUCUAGCUCUGAUGCGGAAAUUGACUAUAGGAGAGGAAGAAGCUUAAGAGAAGGCAGAGGAGGGUUUGCAUGGCAUCACUAAGAAUCAGUGCAAAAAUAGAUGGUCAGUUGUUUCCCAUGUGAAUUAGUUCGGAGGUUUCUUUUGUCAUACACUUUUGUUUGGGGUUCUCUGUGAUAGAUGGAAUGAUCUAACCUAUGAUCUAACCUGCUCUCUCUCUCUCUCUCUCUCUCUCUCUCUCUCUCUGUGAGGUGUGUGACGUGAUUGAUCUUUCUGAUUGAUGAAUGUAUACCUACGUUCCUAUUUCCUUGUACGUUAUAUAGGUGGUGCAUCUAAUUAUGUGUAUUUGGCGAAUGCUACUCCUUUAUACUACGGAACAACUAUUGCAACAUCAGUUUAGCUGUUGUUUAGAGUGUUUUCUGCACCAUUUUCUGCCUUCUGGGGUCGUAAUUGUCAAAGUCUUUUUAUUCAAAUAGAGAUGGGAGCUUGCAUGAUUUGUCUGGUUGUGGAUCGCCCAUGGUGUCUUUAUUUAUCGUCAUAGUCAUCCUAAUCAUGUAAUGUUUAGGUGUAUAGUAACAGCUACAAACUGGUCCAUUUAAAUGUGUUUUCACUUUGAUGAAUUUGAUCACCAACUUUGCAGACCA